GGACUGCUGUCUAACCUUGCCAGGAGGCCAGCUCAGCAGCGUGGAUCCCUGUGAGGGCAUGGAGAAGCAGCAUCUGCUACAGGAAGGACCGAGCAUGGCUUACAGUCAGCUCCCAAAUGAUUCCUGGCAGAACAGCUCAGCGCCUCUCUUCACAGGCCUGGACCUCCUCUUGGAGCUGAAACCGCUCUUCAUCCCUCUUUACGCCACCCUCGUGACAGUGGCGUGCGCAGGGAACCUCCUCCUCAUCCUGCUCAUCGCCCUCACCAAGAAGCUGCACUGCACCACCAAUUUCCUCAUCGGGAACCUGGCGGCGGCYGACUUGGUCAUGUGCCUCGCCUGCGUCCCGCUGACCGCCUCCUACGCCUUCGAGAUGCGGGGCUGGCUCUUCGGCGUGUUCAUGUGCUACUUCGUCACCUUGAUGCAGGCCGCCACCGUGUUCGUGUCGGUGCUGUCCCUCACCGCCAUUGCGGUGGAUCGCUACGUCGUCGUCGCCUACCCCAUUCGCCGGAGGAUAAGCCGCAAGUCCUGCGUCUGCGUCGUGGCCUUCAUUUGGUUGCUCUCCGUUAUGGCCUCCGUGCCCACUUUGCUGCACACCCACUACCUGGACCUCAASAAGAUUGGCCAUGACAUGAUCAUCUGCGAAGAGUUCUGGAAGCAUGAAGAGAGGGAGAGGCUGCUGUACUCAUGCUUGAUGCUCCUCUUGUCCUACAUGCUCCCACUUUUGGCAGUAUCAGCCUCUUUCUGUGCCAUUUCUUACCACCUCAGGAAGAGAAAUAUCCCAGGUGCUGCCUACCCCUGCCAAGACAAGUGGGCCAAGACAAAGCAGAAGACCUUCCGGGUGCUCAGCAUAUCGGUGGUUUGCUUUGCUAUCUGCUGGCUCCCUCUCCAGGUGGUGAACUUCAUCAGAGACAUUGACGAGGAGUUCACCAUCCUGGACAAGAGGUACGUGAACGUCAUCCAGGUCUCAUGUCACUUGAUUGCCAUGAGCUCUGCYUGCUACAACCCUUUCAUCUAUGCCUCCCUCCACGACAAAUUCAGGUUGCACCUUAGAAACUGCCUUUACCGCAAAAAGAAGAGCUCCAGCAUCUUGUCUUGCAAGGCAUCUCGCUUCAAUACUUGCUCCACUCUGGCAGAUGCUCCUAUGGGUUUCUCAGACAAGAUAGCGUUGCAAACUAGAUGCUCUUAACUGAAAUAUAUGAGAAGAUCGUUUUUGCUCUUGGACCUCAYGUGCUCCUCUUUGCUUUAGCUGGGACACAGAAGCCCAUUGCUCAAGCCUUGUGAUAUUGAUAUGUUGCUGUUCCCCSCAAAAGGACUUUUGUGCCUAACAACUCAGAAGUGUGGGAUUUGUGUCUUCAAGGACCGGCUCUUCCAAGCAAUUCAAGCAUAUUUUGGUCUUUGUGAAAAAAAAAAAAAGAGUAACAAGAAAUACAAUGAUUGUGCAAAUGCAGAAUCUGAGCCAGAUGUAGAAAUACUAAAGGAGUGAUAUGUGCUCCCAACUGACUUAAUUCAAGGCUCAAAAUAAUAAAAAAGUGAUUGUCUAUGAGACAACAGUUGCUUGCACUGACAAAAUAGAUGUAUCCAGAUUAAUGACCAGACACUUAACUAUUCUGAUAUUUUUUUGUGAGCCUUGGUUUUUAGAUCUCAGUGGUCAGAYGUCUGCCUCAGUUUUUGUGCUUGCUUGGUAGUGGCAACUCAAGGGUGCGACAGAAAAYGGCAUUUCAGCCCCCUCUUACCACUCCUAAAAGCUGCUCAGUUUUGCAUAUCUCAAGGAUACAAUCAAGCAGUAGGAACUAAUAAUUUGAGCUGUAACCCCCGGAGAAGUUCUGUUUUCCUGCUCUCAUGUAGAUCCCUUUCUCAGAACUUUCAAGACUACUUUUGUGGCUCCUCUGACAACUUGGCAAAUUUGGCCAAAGUCUUAAAUUUGGCCCAAAUCUCCCACUUUCCGAACACAACUGAUGGAAGCAGGCAGCCAGGACUCUACUCAGAAUCUAUUCAGGACUUCUCCUUGCAGCUUAUUUAAGAGGUGGGUCUUUUCUAAGGAAGAAUAACACAUAUUAGGUGCAUUUAAGAAUGGCUUUGGUGCAUGGAUUCAUUUGGUAGGACAAAGAUUGUUCCUAAGCAACGGAGAGCAUAUUCUGCCUCCUUUAAGAACAACAGCUCUCACAGGUGACAGUGAAAUUGCUGCGUGUGCUUUGUUGAUGUUGUAUUUUUCAAUUGCAGCUCACUGGUAAAGGACAACAUACGUUCAGCAAYGUGCAUUCCUCUCUUGGGGACUGUACCGGGGCAUGUGGCUGCUGAAAGCAGAUAUCCCAUUUUGAGAGACUGGGCUGGGGAGGACUUCGUAAUCUCCUAAACUUUCGGGAGAAGCCAUUUGUCUAAGGAAGGCCCCAAUGCUCCAACUGUUCAUGUGCAUGGCCACGCUUGGA